AUGGCCAAAAGCAAGAGAUCAAAGGUCAAGUCAGACGAUUUAAUUCUCACAAUCAAUAGUGAUUCAGAACAGGAGCUCCCAGCGCCCGAAACCGACUCUGAGGAUGAGAAUCAGCUAGAGGGUGACAAAAAUAUCAACCCAGACUUCCAGUUCUCUUUAGACGGAUUCGAAACAACCAACACAGACGCAGGCUGGGAAUUUCGCGUGACUGAAGAUGAGAAACCGAAGAAGAGAAAGGAUGUCGACUUAGACGAUAUCUUGAGAAGAAAAGGUGGUUUGACUGGCCUUGUUGAGAAAGACGAGGAAGAACAAGACUCCGAAUCGGAUGGUGAUAACGAAGGCGAUGAAGAGGAGGCUGAAGGUGAAAAAUCUGAUGAUGAUGACGAUGAGCUUGCAAUGGAUGGUUUUGGAAUGGGAGUUCAUGACGAUGAUGAUGAGGAUGAGGACGAACCCGCAGCUGAUGAAGAUGAACCUAGCCAAGAUCAGAGCGAGCCAAAAACUACCAAAGCUGGCGAAGAAUCUGAGGGCGAAAGUUCUGAAGACGAAGGUGAUUCUGCGGCUGCUAUGGCUGAAUUCUAUGAAGCUUCUGAGGAGGCCAAUCUGGAAAAUCUGGCUCAUUCGACAUUUCAAACAUUGGAUCUUUCACGUCCAGUUCUUAAAGGUUUGGCUAACUUGGGUUACACUAAACCAUCGCCUAUUCAGGCGGCUUCCAUCCCUAUUUCACUCUUGGGAAAGGACAUUGUCGCAGGUGCGGUUACAGGAUCCGGUAAAACCGCUGCUUACAUGAUUCCAAUUAUUGAGAGAUUGAUUUAUAAGCCUAGCAAGGUGGCUGCAACUCGAGUUAUUGUAUUGGCUCCCACAAGAGAAUUGGCCAUUCAAGUCUGUGACGUUGGCAAGAAGAUUGCAAGAUUCAUUCCAAGUAUCAGUUUCGGUUUGGCUGUCGGUGGUCUCAAUUUGAGGCAACAAGAGCAGCAAUUGAAGAGCCGUCCAGAUAUUGUGGUUGCAACACCUGGUAGAUUGAUUGAUCACAUCAGAAACUCAGCUUCUUUUUCUAUCGAUGGAUUGGAGAUCUUAGUUAUGGAUGAAGCCGACAGAAUGUUGGAAGAAGGUUUCCAAGCUGAGCUUACAGAAAUUUUGUCUUUGAUUCCAAAGCACAAGCGUCAAACCAUGUUGUUUUCUGCCACUAUGAAUACCAAGAUUCAGGAUUUGAUUCAACUUUCGUUAAAUAAGCCAGUGCGGAUCAUGAUCGACCCUCCAAAAGCCGCAGCUUCUAAGUUGGUGCAAGAAUUUGUUCGUAUUCGUAAAAAGGACGAUAUGAAGCCAGCAUUGUUGUUUAACUUACUUCGUGGAAUUGACCCAAGUCAGCAAAGUCGUAUUGUCAUUUUCGUUUCUCGAAAAGAAACUGCGCAUAGAUUGAGGGUCAUUCUAGGACUCUUGGGUUUGAGGGUUUCUGAGUUGCAUGGUUCUUUGUCUCAGGAGCAGCGUCUCAACAAUGUGAACGACUUCAAAAAUCUUGUUGUUCCAAUUCUCAUCUGUACAGACUUGGCGGCUAGAGGUUUGGAUAUUCCUAAAAUUGAAUUGGUCAUCAACUACGAUAUGCCCAAGUCGCAUGAGAUUUACUUGCACAGAGUUGGAAGAACAGCAAGAGCCGGAAGAGAGGGUAAGUCUAUCACAUUUGUGGGUGAUGCAGCCUCGGAUCGUAACAUUGUGAAGGCCGCCAUCAAAUCAUUAGAGACUAAUUCUACGGAGCAAAAAGCUGUUUCAAGAAAUGUUGAUUGGGCUGAAGUCGCUGCGAUUAAUGAAAUUGUUGAGAGCAAAAAAGACACUGUUGAAGAAGUCUUGGUUGAAGAAAAGCAAGCUAAGGAGAUGAUGUCGGCUGAGAUGGAGCUCAACAAGGCUGACAAUCUUCUAAAACAUGGUGACCAAAUCUACUCUAAGCCAAAGAGAACAUGGUUCGCCAGUGAGGCAGAAAAGAAAAGCGGAGCAAUGUCACAAUUAUCAAAGAGUAAGAACGUUCCAAAUUCGAAAAAGAGAAAGAGAAUAGAAGCACAAAGUGAAAGUAGUAAGGUUUACAAGAAAACCAAGGACGAUCGUGCGAAAACACAAGGGAAGGCUAGAAACUCUAGUGGUGGAAAAACAAAGAGGCCAAGACGGAAAUAG